UGCUGAAGGGUGUCGCUGAGAGAGGACACUGAAAGUGGUGGCAGAGUCCCCUAAGAGGGUGGAGCCUGAAUGAUGACUCAGCAGGGAGCUGUUCUGCAGGGUUACAAUAAUGAGCUGGUGAAAUGCGUUGAAGACUUAUGCAUGCAAAGGGAAGAACUGAACAAGCAGAUCCAGCAAGCGGAGGUGGAAAAGAAUAAACUCCAGCAUGAAAUCCGAAUCCUGUCUAAGAAACUAGAGAGUGUCUGUGAAAACUUAGCCCAGAAGACAGCCUCACGGAACGAGCUUGAUAAAAUCCUUGCUGAAACUGAAACUGCUUAUAUGAAGAUUUUGGAUAGUUCUAGAAUGCUGCUAAAUGUCCUGAAGAAGGAAGUUGGGAAUUUAAACAAAGCUGUGGAGCUGAAAAGCAACGUGACCUGAAACAGCCAAAUGCUCGGACUCUAACACAAUUACAAUUCCUCUUGUUCAGAAAUCACAGAAAGAGUUCUACCUUAACUUUCAUAUAUGUUUUUAGCACAUUUAAAAUAAUGUACAAUACAGAUAAAUAAAGGUGCUGUUUUGCUAAAAA